UACUCUCGGUCGAGCUGUCGUCGAAAGGACGAGGUCAAAGCAUUCAAUAGUUGCUGCGACUCUCUCGGUGUCCGAGGCAACGGAGGAUGGAUUUUCGACCAGGCGUUGAAGCCAAAGAUCGACGUUUUCUUCAUGGUAUCGUAUGACAGAGACAGUCGGUGAGAGAGAGGAGAGGAGAGGAGAGAGAGAGAGAGAGAGAGAGAGAGAACUGGAUAUCAGCAACUGUAACUCGUCGUCAAUUAACAAAUUAAUAUGUCCUCAACGUCUCCUUGGCACAGGAGGUCGACGGUCGGCCAAAAGAGCCUCUAGCGUCGUCUCGCUAAGCGGAAACGCGAAAGUUGCCUCUCGCUGCAACUCCACGACGAACCCUUCCGUGAGCACGAAGCAACCCCCGUUGAGUCUCUACGCAUCUCUCUCGCCACUUUUCUUUCCCCCAUCACCCUCCCCGUGUGCUUUUGCUAAGGAGCCUGGCGGCCACGCUGUGACUUGUGGCUCUGUGCGAACCUCUCAGCGAGGGAGCAUCGACGAUCGUCUCGCUUUUUCUUUGCCUAGCGCACUGCCCUCAACCUUAACACUCGACUCUCCCUUGGACACACCCACCACCUGUCCUCCUACGUCGCCAGCUACCUUCUGCUGCGGCUUUUUACGAUCUCGUUCCAUCUCAGAAAUACUCACCAGUCUAAUAUUCAGCCAUGUCUGACGUUCAAACAAGGCCAGCUGCUGCCUCGCGUGGCAGGGUAUCCGCCCGGGGCGGCCGGGGCGGUUACAGCAAUAGAGGCGGUCGCGGUGGGAGCAGGUCGACCAAGGUCGACAGCUCGGAUGAUGCGACGCUGUCCUUUGAGGAUGAGGGCGAGAUUGGCCAGAUGAAGAAGAAAUACUCCGACACCCUGCCCACUCUGAAAGAGCUGUUCCCCGACUGGACAGACGAAGACUUGGUGUUCGCGUUGGAAGACUCAAACGGCGACCUCGAGAGUGCAAUUGAGCGGAUAACCGAAGGUCU